AUGCGAUUGUACUGCGGCGGCAGCCUUGGUAUGGAUUUUGGAUUGUCGAACGGUUUUGUUCGCGUGCUGAAACGAACGCCAAUUUUUCCGUACGUCAAUCGAUGUGGGCGGAAGAGCGUUCACGAUGGCACUCAACCUCGGUGCGGAUUUUCGAUUAUCGAACGCUUUGAUCACCUUGUGGAAAGUCAAUUUUUCCAUACGUCAAUCGAUACGGACUGA